CCUCGAAUUUAUCUUAGUAUAUCGGUGACUAGUAAGUUUUCAGGUAGGCUCAGAUGACAAAUGCCUUUGAUCCUUUUUUUUUUCUAUUUCUUUUUCCGUGCUUCUUCAACCACGCGAAGUGAGAUAGGGUCUUCGGCGCCACCGCCCCCACUAACAGUCGCGGGGUCAAACAAGGCCUCCAUAACGCUCGUAUGGAUGUUGAUGCUGGUCGAGGCUAGGCGGAAGGAUCAUGGGGGCGAAAUUUGUAACCCCAACAUCGUUGUGUCCCUGUCUCUCUCCGUUGUCUCUGGGAGAAGUAUGUGUGAUGUGAUUGCCAUGAUUCAGGAUCGCCGAAACUGCGCCGAGAACGUCGAGAAGCACCUCCAGACCAACUCAAACCUAAACUGCAAUGUGGCGAUACAUGGCCAGGCUGAAGAUUACCAGAUUGAUACACUUCUCACCCUGUCGAUCCAAUGGCGGUAGCCGCAACCACAGCAGAGAAGCUGGGAAAUGCUGACGGCUUCGAAGGAUCAACUUGGAGGAUCGCUUGGAUUCAAUCGAGGCAGACUCUAGGGGAAUCUAUAGAACAGGGA